ACUCUGGGAGGGCUCACGCCAAGGAGUACUUCCCAGAACUUCGGCUGCCAGCGUCACCCUCCACACGGUGAAACAGAGCCACCCCCUGCCUCUGCAGGAGACCCUCCAACACUAGCAGGAUUGGCCACAAAGAAACCUGUAAGUAAUGGAAGGAAACACUCUGCUGGUAAAGAAUGUUAUGGUCCUGAACCUCUACCACCUGGUAUGUCUGGUUUCCUGCCAUGGCGUACUGCAGAACGUGCAAAAAGCAACAGAGGAAAAAAGAUAACUCACACAUGGCUUCUGCCUAAUGAGCCCUCUAAGGAAGAAAAACAAAAAGUAAUUGGGAGUUUCAAGUUGUUUCUCAAGUGUCACAACAGAGGUAACCCCGUGGGAGUCAUGAGGAGACUAAAAUUAUCUCCAAUUGUGCAGGGGCUUUCCAUUCAUCAGACUCGUGAUGUAUGUAGUCAGGUGCGUCCAUCAGAAUUUCCUGUGACUGUGACAGUAGAGAGUCCUUCCUCCUCAGAAAUCGAAGAGGUCGAAGAUUCCUCAGAAAGUGUUCAGGAAGAGCCAGAGAAAAUCAGUUUGAAACAAGAAGCAUUGCAGGAAAAACUGGAGGAGUGCCUAAAGCAGUUAAAGGAGGAAAGAGUAAUAAGACUUAAGGCUGAUAAAUGAGUCAAUGAGCUGGAACAUGAAAAUGCCCAGUUAAGAAAUAUAAAAUUCUCUUUGUCUGAAGCCCUUCAUGCCCACUCAUUGACAAGCAUGAUCCUGGAUGAUGAAGGUGUUUUGGGCAGCACUGAGAAUUCUUUUCAGAAGUUCCAUGCUUUCUUGGAUCUCCUUAAAGAUGCUGGGCUUGGGCAGCUGGCCACAAUGGCUGCUAUAGAUCAGUCAGAUUUUCAUUUACUAGGUCGUCCCCAGAUGAAUUCUACUGUUAGCAGUCCACCUAAAGAAGAAAAGAAAGCACUUGAAGAAGAAAAAUCAGAAUCAAAGCAGAGUGCCCCAGUACAAACGCAAAAUCUCCAAUUUCAGAAAAUUACAGGUGAUGCUGGGACUCCUUUGCCUCUCGACUCCUUCCAUGUCCCAGUCUCUACUCAGGAGGUCUUAGAAACUUCCAAAGACAACCUGGGGGUCCCAGUCACAGAGCAGCGGCAGGAGUCUUUUGAAGAUUUCAUUGCUAGAACAUGUUCUCCUUCAGCAGACGUCAUUUCUGGAACUGGAAGUCAAAGAAAAGAAGAGGAAUUAUCUAGAAAUAGCAGGUCUUCUUCAGAGAAAAUGAGCAAAGCAGGUGAAUAUACCAAAAAAUACUCUGCUAAGAAACAACCCGGGAAGGACCUGCAUUCCUGCUCUGACUCACCUGUAAAGCAGAAAAGCAAAGGAAUUGGGCAAAAUAAUUAUUUGCUUAAUGAACCAAUUAGAAGUGAGUCUUUGAAAAAACACAUUUUUGUUAAGAAAGAGAGUAGAAUAGUGACUGUUUCAUCAAAGACAACUAAAAGUAAACUCAAUCUACUAGAACAUUCUGAAAGUGAUACUCGUGGAUUUGAUUGUGAAUUUCAAGAAAGCAUCCAUACUCCAUCACACCUAACAUAGGUCUAAAUCUUUUAAAAUCUUUUAAAAUUAUGUUUUUGCCUUCAAAUUUUAAUAAAUUACUUAUGUUUUUAUUAUAGCAUAUGGUGUUUUAAAAUACUUGACUGGAAACCAUUAGAGAAAGAUUUAUCUAUACUUUUUUAUUAUAAUGAAAGUUUUGGUGUAUUUUUCCUUGUGACACUUUGCACCAUUCAUUCAGCUAGUGUUUACUGAGGGCUUCAUAUGUACAGUACUUUUCUGGGUGCCAUUGCUUUCAGCAGUGAACAAAAUAAAGCCUUUACUCUCCUGGAACUAGCACUCUGUGGUGGGAGAAAACAUAAACAACACAACAGGGUAAGGGGUAAAAAGAGAUGGGAAUAAUAAAUGGAAUAGUUUUACCAUUUGGUUAAAUGUCAAACUAUUAUAAAUCACAUGGCCAGAAGCCAUUGACGUAUUUUAAUUCACAAUAACCAGAGAGCCUCAAACAUUUACCAAGGCACUUAACCGUGUUUAUGGAUUACAGCAACGCUAUGAGAUUGGGAACUAUUACCAUCCCCAUUUUAUAGAUGAGGAGUCGGAGGAGACAUUAUGUGAGUUGCCAAGAAUUACACAGCUAUAAGUAAGUGGUAAGCUGUGAUUUGACCCGAACCCAUGC